GACGAAAGAAUGCACUCAUUAUACUUGGACAACUUUGAAUGGUGGUACUUGUUGGAUGAAAAAGGGUAAUGUUUCCAAGGCUGAUGCAUUCCCAACUAAUGAUACAACCAUGGUCUGUGGUAUUAACAAGGAUGGUCAGGAAGGUAUACCGAUUUCCACCAUUCAAUGGAAUGGAAUGAAUUGGGCUGCAUCCUGUGAUUUCGAUGGGAACGAUCUGUCUCGAGUAGAAACUCCACCAGAGCUAUGUGGUCCGGCAUGUCUUCAGACGAAAGAAUGCACUCAUUAUACUUGGACAACUUUGAAUGGUGGUACUUGUUGGAUGAAAAAGGGUAAUGUUUCCAAGGCUGAUGCAUUCCCAACUAAUGAUACAACCAUGGUCUGUGGUGUUAACAAGGAUGACCAGAAAGGUGUACCGAUUUCCACCGUUCAAUGGAAUGGAAUGAAUUGGGCUAGAUCCUGUGAUUUCAAUGGAAACGAUCUGUCUCAUGUCGAAAUUUCACCAGAACUCUGUGGUCCGACAUGUCUUCACACGAAAGAUUGCACUCAUUAUACAUGGACAGCUUUGAAUGGUGGUACUUGUUGGAUGAAAACGGGUAGUGCCUCCAAAAAUGACGCAUUUUUAACUAAUGAUCCGGAUAUGAUCUGUGGUAUAAUGGCAAGUGUAUGA